AUGUUGGCGUAUCCACGCGAAGUCUUCGGGGGCCGCGUCAAGGUGCAGCUGCUGACGAGUCGACCGGAGCUCUUCUCCAACUCGCGGCCACUGGUGCGCUUUCCUGACGGACAGACUCAGGAGGGCGUCCUCCACCGUGUCUCCCGAAAUCCUGCGGAGCUCAUUCCGAACUCCGACAUCGUCCUUUGGACUGGGCCAGUGACCAGCACCAAGGAAGUCUUUGAGAACCUGCGGCCAUACCUGGAUCCGCGGAAGACUUGCAUCGGCACGAUCUUUGCACAAGGCCUGGUGCAUGUCUUGGCUCAGCGCACCUUUGGGCCUGGCGUGCGCUUCUUUGCCCUCCGCAACAUCCCUUGGCUCUGCCGAGUGGUGAAGGUGGGCUCCGAGAGCGAGAUUGUCGGGGCGAAAAGCUGCAUCGGCGUCAUGACGAUGAACCUCACCGAAGAGUGGGUAAAGACACAGCUGGAGCCGCUCUUCCUCGUCAAGAAGAUGGGGAAGCACGAGCCGGUCAUCGAGCUGCUUCCAGACUUCUGCCCGAUUGUUUUCAAUCCGGCCAACCAGAUCAUUCACCCCGCACGCUAUUGGGCCAUGUUCCGAAACUGGAACGGCCAGCCUCUUGGCAAGGACAUGGAGCCGCCAGAGUGGCUUUACAGAGACAUGGACGAGACAGCUGGACAGGUGUUGGAAGUGCUCGACGAGGAGCUGCAACAUCUUAAGAACGCCUACUUCCGGGCCACGGGAGCCGAGGGCUGCCAACAUGUCAUUCCCUUGGCAACACGCCUGCUGGAGCAAUACGGCGAUCAGAUCGCUGAUAAGUCCACGAUGGCCAAGAUGGUUGGCACCAACAAAGCUUACUCCAUGGCGAGGACGCCCGUCCUUCGAAGCAAGCAGGGCGUGAUGCCGCACCCGACGCACCGCGUCGUCACCGAUGACAUCGGUUGGGGCCUCUGCGUCCUGGUGUCCAUCGCCGAGCGCCUUCAGGCACUUGGGUCCCCGACUCCGACCACGAUGAUGCGGAUGCUCAUUGAGUGGCAUCAGAAGCUCAUGGGCAAGGAGUACCUUUACAACGGUCAGCUUCGUGGGCGGGACUGCACAGAGUUGGUGCUGCUGAGUCCCGGAGACGACCUGGGCCUGGUGGCCAAGGGAGUCGAGGGCGGCCACUCGGACCAUUGGAUUUCCAAUGCCGAUGAGCAGGCCAUGGAGCCUCGCUAUGGCAACCCAUGA